AUGGACCGCUCGGACAUAACCUACAACACACGCUUCAGCUGCCAGAUCUCCGUCAUGGAAGAACUUGACGGCAAUCUGUUGGCGCUGAAGCAGUACUGGACGCGAGCCUUGCGGGAGUUUGUGUCGGACUGGGGUCUUGUGGACGACAUUGGCACCAUUCACGGCUCACGAAGUAAAAGGAUAGAGCUGUGGGCGCCAAUUAUUGAGGAACCGACGCAGGUAGAUUUUCCCAUCACGCUUGACAUGCUGUGGGCGCAAAGCUACCAGGACAUUAUGAAGGCGAAGUACCCGGAGAGAAACCGGAAGGACGGUUUUCACACAAAGCCCGAGAUGUGGGCAGCGUACGUGUAG